AUGGCACAACUGUACGCUCUUCUACUCAUUGGGCUCGUUAUAGUUGCAAGUGUUCGCUUGCUAUCUAUUGGCCGUCGACCGAAAAACUAUCCCCCUGGGCCACCUACCAUACCUAUCCUUGGAAAUUUACACCAGAUGCCAUCCCGGGAUGCCCAUCUCCAGUUCGAGAAAUGGGCAAGAGAAUAUGGCCCCGUGUACAGCCUUAUUCUAGGGACAAAAGUCCUUAUCGUGCUAUCCAGUGAUGCUGCAGUCAAGGAGCUCCUAGAUAGAAGGAGUGGCAUAUACUCAGAUAGGCAAGAUAUGUACAUUGGUCAGACUUUGUGCAGUGGCGAUCUGAGGCUUCUGAUGAUGAGGUACAGUCCUAGAUGGCGAGGAUUUCGAAAGAUGGUGCACUCGCUCCUCAACGUUACAGCGGCAAAAUCAUAUGUUCGGUAUCAAACGCUAGAGAACAAACAAAUGCUAUAUCAAUUUCUGGAGCAGCCACAGGAUUUCUUGAAGCACAUUCGACGAUAUUCCAAUGCUCUUACAACGACGAUGGUCUUUGGUUGGCGCACGCCUACCUAUGAAGACCCAAGUAUGAAACAGCUUUUUGAAGGAUUUGCAGAGUUUGCCGAAAUAAACCAGACUGGGCCUGCCGCUCUGAUUGAUUUCUAUCCGAUCCUGCGAAGGCUGCCAGACUUUCUUCUACCAACGCGUAAGAAGGCGAAAGACCUACACCAAACCGAGAAAGAGUUGUAUCUCAAGCAUUGGCUCAAUGCGAAAGAUGCAAUCAAAAACGAGAAGAUCCGACCCUGCUUCUGCCAGGGGAUGGCGGAGGCACAGAAGAUAGAGAACUUUUCAGACGACCAAGCUGCAUAUAUCUCUGGUACACUCCUAGAGGCUGGGUCGGACACGACAUCAAGCACUCUCUAUGCCUUCGUCUUAGCAAUGCUUCUCUAUCCUGAUGUACAAAAGAAAGCUCAAGAAGAGAUUGACAAAGUCACGGGCGAUCGUUUACCUAACAUGGACGAUGAGUCGCAAUUACAGUAUAUCCGCGCCUGUAUCAAGGAAACACUCAGGUGGAUGCCAACCACCAUCCUAGGGGCUGUACCGCAUGCUGUCACUAAAGAUGACGAGUAUAUGGGAUAUCUCAUUCCCAAAGGAGCAGGAGUCAUGAAUAAUGUCUGGGCAAUCCACAUGGACCCACAACGCCAUCCAAAUCCACGUCGUUUCGAGCCCGAAAGAUACAGUCAUGACACUUUGAGCCUCUACGAUUCCGCCGUCAAUCCUGACGGCACCAAGCGAGACGUGUUCACCUUUGGUGCUGGCCGACGUAUCUGCCCUGGUAUGCAUGUGGCUGAACGCAGCUUGUUCUUAGGUAUGGCUCGGAUACUGUGGGCUUUCAAUAUCAGCCCAGCCUUGGACAGCGCAGGCAACAAGAUCAUACCGGACCAAGACAAGCUUACGCAAGGCUUCGUCUGCAUGCCAGAAGAAUUCCCAGCCACGAUCACGGCCAGAUCCGGGGGGAGAGCAGAGGUUGUGAGGAGGGAAUGGCAAGAUGCAGAAGCCGAAUCCCUGGAUCCACAGUCUAAGCAGUGGGUCGGAUAG